AUGGUGGACCAAAAUGCAUCUUACGGUAAAGUGUUCCUAGUGAGAAAACGUGGCGGUUCAGAUGACGGCCGACUGUAUGCCAUGAAAGUACUGAAAAAGGCGACGAUAGUGCAAAAGAAAAAAACGACUGAACACACGAAAACCGAAAGACAGGUCCUCGAGGCCGUCCGAGACAAUCCCUUCCUAGUUACUUUACACUAUGCCUUCCAAACGGAUGCCAAAUUGCACCUUAUCUUAGGGCACUACAGUCCUUUGAAUGUAGGUCCUUGGAAUUUUUGUCUCAACUGUGGAUCUAGUCCUAAGGUAUAUAUCGGUCAGACAGGUCGUAUGUUUAAUCAGAGCAUUCAUGAACAUAUAAGAUGA